UCUCCCGGCGUCUGGGCGAGCCGAGCGGCUCGUGGUGUUUCUAACCCGACUCGUGGAUUCAAACGUGGCUCCGCGCCGAGCACGGCCGGCGACUUCUAGGACCCCAGCCCUGGCCGUGGCCGCCGCGCACGCCCUCGGAAGACUCGGCGGGGUGGGGGCGCGGGGGUCCCGGAGUGCGCCGCGGGAGGGCCGAAGACUGAUUUGGAAGGGCGUCCCCGGAGCACCAGUCUGGGAUUUACUGUGAACAGCAAUGGAGGAAAAUGACCCCAAGCCCGGCGAAGCGGCGGCGGCGGCGGCGGUGGAGGGACAGCGGCCUCCGGAAUCCAGCCCCGGCGGCGGCUCGGGUGGCGGCGGCGGCGGCGGCGGCGGCGGCAGCAGCCCGGGCGAAGCGGACACCGGGCACCGGCGACCUCUGAUGCUGCCCGCGGUCCUGCAGGCGCCAGGCAACCACCAGCACCCGCACCGCAUCACCAACUUCUUCAUCGACAACAUCCUGCGGCCCGAGUUCGGCCGGCGCAAGGACGCGGGGACUUGCUGUGCGGGCGCGGGAGGAGGAAGGGGCGGCGGAGCCGGCGGCGAAGGCAGCGCGAGCGGUUCGGAGGGAGGCGGCGGCACCGGCGGCUCCGAGCACCUCUUGGGGUCGGGCUCCCGAGAGCCCCGGCAGAACCCGUCGUGUGCACCCGGCGCGGGCGGGCAGCUACCCGCCGCCGGCAGCGACUCUCCGGGGGACGGGGAAGGCGGCUCCAAGACACUGUCGCUGCUUGGUGGCGCCAAGAAAGGCGGCGACCCUGGCGGCCCCCUGGACGGGGCGCUCAAGGCCCGCGGCUUGGGCGGCGGCGACCUGUCGGUGAGCUCGGACUCGGACAGCUCGCAAGCCGGCGCCACCCUGGGCGCGCAGCCCAUGCUCUGGCCGGCCUGGGUCUACUGUACGCGCUACUCCGACCGGCCUUCUUCAGGUCCCAGGUCUCGAAAACCAAAGAAGAAAAACCCGAACAAAGAGGACAAGCGGCCGCGCACGGCCUUCACCGCCGAGCAGCUGCAGAGGCUCAAGGCUGAGUUUCAGACCAACAGGUACCUGACGGAGCAGCGGCGCCAGAGCCUGGCGCAGGAGCUCAGCCUCAACGAGUCCCAGAUCAAGAUCUGGUUCCAGAACAAGCGCGCCAAGAUCAAGAAGGCCACGGGCAACAAGAACACGCUGGCCGUGCACCUCAUGGCACAGGGCCUGUACAAUCACUCCACGACGGCCAAGGAGGGCAAGUCGGACAGCGAGUAGGGCGGGGGGUGGAGGCCAGGUCUCAGUCCGCGCGAAACAAUGCAAUAAUUUAAAAUCACAAAGGGCCAGUGUCUAAAGAUUAUACCAGCAUUAACAGUGAAAAUAUCGUGUAUUCGCUAAGGUUCUGCAAUAUUCUAUGUAUAUAUAAUUUACAGGUGGUAUAAAAUCCAAAAUAUCUGACUAUAAAAUAUUUUUUGAGUUUUUGUGUUUAUGAGAUUAUGCUAAUUUUAUGGGUUUUUUUUUCUUUUUUUGCGAAGGGGGCUGCUUAGGGUUUCAUCUUUUUUUAAUCCCCUAAGCUCCGUUAUAUGACAUUGGACACUUUUUUAUUAUUUCAAAAGA